CAAAAUUCGAGUCAUAACACCCCCCCACCCCAAAAAAAGAAUCAUUUUCUACAUUUAAAAAAAGAGUUCGUUCUUUCGUAAAAGCAAAAGAAGAGUUCAUUUUCGUUGAUAAAAGUUCAAAGAAUUGAAGAAGUUCUCCCAAAACCUAUCACUGUCAGUAUCACACUCACAAUUUCACAUCAUAAUUUGUUGUAGUCCUAUGCAAGUCGAUUAACUGUCAACAUAUCCUUUCGCUUUGAUUACAAAAGGCGAAAUCCACGCCCAAUCGCAGCCCUCACUCUUUCGGAAUAAGAAAUCUCGGAUUAGCUAGAUUGGCCUGGCAAGAUGCCGUAUGAAUUGAGCGAACAGAAAAAGGUUGGUCUUGGUCUGAUUGGGUUUGGUAUAUUCUUCACGUUUCUUGCUGUGAUUCUAUUUUUCGACAGAGGUUUGCUAGCUCUUGGAAAUAUCUUUUGGCUGACAGGUGUAGCCAUUUUACUAGGCUGGCGAUCAACAUUGCAACUCUUCACAGACCGGAGGAAUUAUAAGGGUUCAGUUUCCUUUCUUCUCGGGAUAUUCUUUAUAUUUGUCCGUUGGCCUGUAGUUGGUAUACUCGUGGAGAUUUAUGGCUGCAUUGUUCUUUUCAGUGGUUUCUGGCCCUCAAUCAAGGCGUUUCUUUAUCAGAUUCCAGUCAUUGGCUGGAUUUUACAGUAUCCCGCACUGCUUAUUAAUCAGUUUACCAAGAGCUCUCGUUGACAGUUAGCAUCUUGCCUCCCUGAAACCAUUUAAUCCGAAAGAUUUGAGGCCGUGAAUCAUGUCGGGACAUUGCUCAUGGAAAGAUAAAAAGGUAUCUUCGUAAAAUUGCAAUAUGUACUUAAAAUCUUUUCUUUGGAACAGUCUUCGAUUCAAUGAUUCUACACACGUUGCUUAGUCGUAUAAAAUAUGAGUUUUUAGGUGACUCGACAGAAACACAGUAUUCAUAUCUCUUUUUUGUAGUGGUAUCUGGUUGUAGAUUAAUGGGAUUAAAUUUGGUAGUUGUUUGUCAUAGUCAUGACAUUCAAUGUCUUAAGAAAUGAAGCAACUAAUGAUUGCAAGUCAAA